AUGGACAUUUGUCAGAGGGCACAAUGGGUGCUGGUGUCCUUCCGAGGCCUGGACAUGAAUCCUGCCCCUCGGCCUGCCCGGGGCGGGGCUGGCGAGGGCGUGGGCACCCGCCAGCCCCCGACCGGGAGGCUGGAUCCUGGGAUUCUGUUGGGUGGACGCUGGAAGCGGCUCCCCAGAAACGCAGCAGGAGGAGCCCGCGACCCUCUGGUCCGCGCCCCCGGCUUACAGCCGGGGAAACUGAGGCCCAGCGCCAGGCCGCGUAGCGGGAACUCGGCUCGGAGGCAGCCAGCCAGACUGGGUCCAAACCCCGCGUCAGCCCCGUGCCCUCGGCGGGCCUCAGUUUCUCGUCUCCCCGCCGGGCGCGGGGGCGCCGAGGACCGGUGGUCCCAGGGGCGCAGCCCCCCGCGGCUGCGCGCUGGGCCGGACGAUGACAUCACCGGGCCGGGGGCGGGGAGCGAGCGCGCGGGAGCGGGAGGGCCUUGCCGGGCCGCCGGGGCGCGGGGACCGCGGGGCGCGCGGGGGGCGACUGGCCCCCCGGAUGCCCCCGCCGACGAGUGGAUCCGCAAAGGCAGCUUCAUCCACAAGCCAGCGCACGGUUGGCUGCACCCGGACGCCAGGGUCCUGGGGCCCGGGGUCUCCUACGUCGUUAGGUACAUGGGCUGCAUCGAGGUGCUCCGUUCCAUGCGCUCCCUGGACUUCAGCACACGCACCCAGGUCACCAGGGAAGCCAUCAACCGGCUCCAUGAGGCGGUGCCUGGCGUCCGGGGCUCCUGGAAGAAAAAGGCCCCCAACAAGGCCCUGGCCUCAAUCUUGGGCAAGAGCAACCUGCGCUUCGCGGGCAUGAGCAUUGCGGUCAGCAUCUCCAUAGACGGCCUCAACCUCUCGGUGCCCGCCACGCGCCAGAUCAUCGCCAAUCACCACAUGCAGUCCAUCUCCUUUGCGUCCGGUGGUGACACGGAUAUGGCGGAUUAUGUGGCCUACGUGGCUAAGGACCCCAUCAACCAGAGAGCCUGUCACAUCCUGGAGUGCUGUGAGGGCCUUGCCCAGAGCGUCAUCAGCACCGUGGGCCAAGCCUUUGAGCUGCGCUUCAAACAGUACCUGCAUAGCCCCCCCAGGGUCGUCGUCCCCCCGGAAAGGCUGGCCGGGAUGGAGGACUCGGCCUGGGGCGACGAAGAGGAGGCGGAGCACAACUACUACAACAGCCUCCCGGGGAAGGAGCCGCCCCCGGGCGGGCUGGUGGACUCCAGGCUCGCCCUCACACAACCCUGUGCCCUGGGGGUCCUCGGCACCCUUGGCCAGGGAGCCUCUCCUGCUCGAAGAGACGCCCGCGGCCUGCAGUGGGAUGUGGGCCCCUCAGGUACCUCUCCACCACGUGAAGGCUGUGUUCAGGGUCUCAGUAGACUGCCCCCCAGGUACCAUGAGCACCUGUGGUUAAAGAACACAUGUGGCAUUGGGUCCCCGCAGCCCAGGCCCCUUACGCCCACACUGUCCCCGCCCGCAGGACCCUUCGAGGAUGCCCUGAGGCUGCAUGAGUGCUCUGUGGCGGCCGGCUCGGUGGCAGCCCCCCUUCCUGUGGAGGAUCAGUGGCCCAGUCCCCCGACCCGCCGGGCCCCCAUCGCCCCCACGGAGGAGCAGCUGCGUCAGGAGCCCUGGUACCAUGGCCAGAUGAGCCGUCGGGCGGCGGAGAAACUGCUUCGGGCAGAUGGGGACUUCCUUGUGCGGGACAGCGUCACCAACCCCGGGCAGUACGUCCUCACCGGCAUGCACGCGGGGCAGCCCAAGCACCUGCUGCUGGUGGACCCUGAGGGCGUGGUACGGACGAAGGACGUGCUCUUUGAGAGCAUCAGCCACCUGAUCGACUAUCACCUGCAGAACGGGCAGCCCAUCGUAGCCGCUGAGAGUGAGCUGCACUUGCGAGGCGUUGUCAAGCGGGAGCCCUGAGCCAGGUGAUGGUUCUCAGCCUGUGGCUUCUGUCCCUGCUACCCAGAUGCUCCUGUUGUGGCCUUAGGGGCCCCUCAGCCUUUCUCUGGACCCUGGUCAGGCCGGAACCGCCGCUGUCUCUCCUUCUCCACCUGGGUCUCUGGAGUCUUCCUUCUCUAGCUGGUCCUGGGGCUGGGAUGGGUCAACCUGGCCAGGACACGGGGUGCAUGACCCCUCUCUCUCACCCCCGCCUGGCGCCACCUUCACCUGGAGUGAAGAUGUACGUACCAAAGACAGAACCUUUUCUCGCCUUUAAAGAAAAUAUAUCGAAAAGCAGCCAUCCACCUUGGAGCCUGGCCCAGGUCCCCGAUGAGGCCAGAGGGCACCAUUUUCCUUCCUGGAGGGUCAUCAGCUCGCUUCCUGGGGAAUGAAGGCCCCCAGCUCCCUGGCAUGCAGAUGGGCUCCCGUCCCUGCCGGGCUCAGAUCUUCUACCUGAAAAAUCGGCACAUUGUUGUCUUUUGGGGGUAGAAUUGAAGCGCUGUGGGUCCUCAGGCUGGGGCAGAUGAGGGUGUUGAAGUAGGUGGCAGCCUUGGGCUGAUGGGGUCAUCUGGCAACUCCAUGACCACUGACCCGGGAGGGGGUUGCUGUGAGGCCCCUCCCUCCUAGCUGUCAGCCUGGACUGGACGCUUGGAAUCUGUUUGUAAUUAAACCUGGGAAUGAC